AUGGAAGCACUCUCCAUCAUCCCCGAUUCUUCCUCACUCCUUCUUCGCACUCCUUCUUCUUCUGCUUCUGUGAGAACGCCGCGACUUUCUUUCUUCAACAUCACCCAAAACUCUCACUCCCACCUUCUCCCUCUUCGUGUCUCGAACACCGGUGGCGAUGAAGCCACCAAUGACUUCGCUUUAGCUUCUCAACCUCAGGAAAAUUUAAGUCAUUCUGAGACUGAGAGUUCUGAAGACGAUCAAGAUGCGCCACUACAGGUGGACAUGUCAUGGUCAACUAUUACAGCCCCAGGUGGAGUUGGAAGUGGAUCGGGUGGUGGCACCAGGGCUGGACUUUUCAGAACACCGAUUUCUGGUGGCGUGCAGAGUGCCACCUCGGCUCACGGUUUACCUAGACCAGCUUUAGCUGUUCGUAACCUGAUGGAGCAGGCAAGAUUUGCUCAUUUGUGCACUGUAAUGUCUCGUAUGCACCACCGACGAGAAGGAUAUCCAUUUGGUUCUCUGGUUGAUUUUGCACCAGACUCGAUGGGCCAUCCAAUAUUUUCUUUUUCUCCUCUUGCAAUUCACACAAGGAAUUUGUUGGCUGACCCAAGAUGCACAUUGGUUGUCCAGAUACCUGGAUGGAGUGGCUUGUCCAAUGCAAGGGUAACUAUUUUUGGGGAUGUCUAUCCACUUCCAGAAGAUCAACAGGAAUGGGCUCAUAAGCAGUACAUUGCGAAACAUCAACAGGGUCCUUCUCAACAGUGGGGCAACUUCUACUAUUUUAGGAUGCAGAAUAUAAGUGACAUAUAUUUCAUUGGAGGCUUUGGUACUGUUGCUUGGGUGGAUGUAAAGGAAUAUGAAACCCUGCAACCUGACAAGAUUGCAGUCGAUGGUGGUGAACAGUAUUUAAAGGAACUCAAUGCUAUCUUCUCAAAGCCCCUUAAGAAACUUCUAUCUAAUGAGACUGAGGUAGAUGAUGCUGCACUCAUAUCCAUAGACAGCAAAGGAACUGAUAUCAGGGUCCGUCAAGGUGCCCAGUUCAACAUUCAGAGGAUAUCAUUUGAUGAAGGGCAGAGUGUAGAAACUUUGGAAGAAGCUAAAGCUGCUCUUCGGAAAUUAAUACACAAAGGAAAAGUGUACAAUUUGCAGAAAUAA